AUGUCGCGUCUCUCGAGACAAGACUACCACGGCUACGCCCCGCAGGCUCAUCCACGAUGGUCGCCUUCUCCUCCGCUCAACCGCCUCUCAGCCAACGUAGACCUGCGCAUGGCGCCCCGCCUCAGCAACGCCGCGCAGCAGGACAUGCAGCCGCAAUCCCAGACACCGCAGAUGGCUUCCUCCCUCAUCCCACAGCCCAACUCGACGCUGCCUUCCAACGCAGACGUCGUCCAAGCCAUCAACUCGAUGAGCGCGCAAGUCACCAACCAGCUCUCCGUCAUGGGCACUCAGCUCGCAUCGCUCGUCUCCCUCACCUCGCGCCUCAUCGAGAUUUCCCAGAUGACACUCGCCGCCAACGACAGCAACGCACGCACCGCCAACGCCCCCUCCAGCUCCACUCUGGCGCCAGCUACGCUCGGCACCCAAACAUUACGCCAAGACGCCAGCCCCGCCACCAGCAACGUCGACCUCAAUCGUACGCGUGUCAAUGGCGCACAGACCUCGUCCUUUGGCCUCAACAACAUGGUCACCAAUCCACCCACAAACGCCCCACGCACCGAGACACGCCAGGGUGCGUUCUAUCCAAACGCAUCCAACACCAGCAGCUUCCGCACCACCCUUGACCCCGUCGGCUCCACUCUGGACAGGACGUUUGGAAGCACGCUCAGGGGCGCUUCGCCUCCCACCAACACCACCAUGAACAACAGCCUCUCCGCCGCUGCCGGCCGCGCCACACAGCUCUCAUCUCAGCAGCAGCAGCAGCAACAGCAGCAACAACCACAACCACAACAUCAGCAGCAACAGGUGCCGCAACAGCAGCAGCACCACCUGCAGCCUCAGCAACAUACUAUGCAGCAACCAUCUUCAGCACAACAGCAGCAGCAGCAGCCGGCAGAUGCCACGCACGAUGCCAACGAUCUGCUCAAAAGCCGUCUGCCCAGCCCAGUCUUCCCAGACGACCCCUUGGACAUGUCGACCGACGUGUCGCCCCCCGAUCACCAGGCGUCCGCCAACGCCAAGCGCCUCUCUACCGCCGCACAAGGCGUUGCGGAUAGCGCACGCAAGGCAACCGCCGACACAUCGCUCGGCGACUGGAAGGCUUGGCUCAACCGCACAUGGCACGCUCCGCCCGGCUACCAGUCCCGCCCCAUCAAGUACCGCACCAUGCAGGCCGCAAGACGCGCCCAUCGCGACCAGACCAAGAGGUCCAUGGCCACGCUCGGCCGUCUGCCGCUCAAAGAGUUCCUCGAGAUCAGGCCCGAGCAGUACCUCAGCGUGCGCAAGACCGGUCGCAAGCUCUACCAAGAAUGGCUCCUCCAAGAAGUGCGCCUUGCCAAACAGCCCGAGGACCGAGUCAAGGCCACGAUCAACCGACUCGAGCACGAUCAUCCCGAGCUCGGCGACUGCGAGGACCAUUGGAAGUCGAGGCAGCUACUGCAGCAGAUCAUCGACAAUGCCAUCGACGAGGCCAACCUUCACCGCAAAAAGGAGGCGCGUGCCAGUCACGUACCCAACGAGAGCACGCCACGCACCACCAUGGACAGGAGCACGAGCAUGCUCGGACUCAGCGCCAGCAGCUCCUCCUCUGCGCUGGCCGAUGCAGAUCGAAGCCUGCGCGGCAGUGACAUGAGUAUCUCUUCGCUUCGCAAGGCGACAGGUGGAGGGGCAGGCAACGGAGCCGCUGCCAGCAAGAAUGCCAAGGCGGCCAAUCGACGCAAGGCGGACCAGGCCGAGCUCGACGACACACCUACGCGCUUCCGGCAGGCUCCCAACCAGCGCGCCUCGAUGCUCGGACCCGGUGGAAGUGACGAGAACAACACGUCGUCUUUGCAGACUCAGCAGGGCUCGCUCUCGUCGGCCGGACUCGAAGCUGCGCAUAGCGGCAGGAGCACGACGCUGGCAGAUUACUCUGGCGGCUACAACAAUGACUCGAGCACCAUUGCCUCGACCACGUCGUCCGACGCCAUGCAGGCAUCACGACAUCACGCGCCGCACAACCAGCACAUGCAGCAUACACAGCAAACCCAGGCGCAGACCCAACAGCACCACACCGCGCACCAGGCCGCGCAGCAGCAGGACCACACACAUAACGCCUGGGCCAGCCAGACGGCUGCGCCGGGCGCCUCGCUCUUCGGGCAGUCGAACUAUGCCAACACGGCGACCCAGCAGGCGCUCUCGCAUCACCAGCAGUACGGACACCACGGCCACCAUCACAACUCGAACUACCUCUCGUCGGACCCCGGUCAGACUGGAUUGAGCGCGUCGAGCUCGGGUCUCUUGGAUGAUCAAAGGCAUCAGUCGCACCUCAGCCCGCUCGUCAACAGCGGCAAUGUGCGCAUGCACCAGCCAGGCGCACCCACGCAUCACCAACAGCAACACCAACAGCAACAGCCCGCGAACAACUUUUUCGACGGCAGAGGAUACCAGUGA